CGAUGGAGGCUCGGGCGUGUUCAUUGGCAUGGGCACAUUCGUUGGCAUGGGCGAUACACGCAGCAGCGGUGGAGGUUCGGUGGGCAACUGGUGAGGUAGGGAGAGGUGGCGAGGCAAUGAGUGAGGCAGAUGGACUAUGUAGGCACCAGGCAACGGGCGUGGACAGCAGUAGUGGCCAGCCAUGUGCGGUGGGNUAUGGACUAUGA